AUAUAAGAUUUGGGGCCGGGUCGGAUUCACCGCUUGUUGAUCCGAAAAUCCAGUCGGUUUCGACUUGUUUGUUUCCGAAGAAAAAUUCAAGAAUCCAAAGCAGUAACUUUAUAUUGGACAAUUUUCAGAAGCAAGAGAAGUCUGAGAGAGGUAUUGGAAUUUGAUCAAAAAGUUGGAAAACAGAUAGAGAGAUGAGGAAGAGGACGGUGUACGCAUGGGGAGUAGCAAUCCUCUGCUUUGUGGUGCUGAUGAUGGUCACCCCAGCGAUUCCUCAGUCUCAAGCCUACCAUGAUUUCGCUGAUAAGCGCCGAUUCUUGGGAAUUCCUAAUAUGCUUAAUGUGGUUUCAAAUUUCCCAUUCCUCGUUAUUGGCAUCAUAGGACUGGUGCUUUGCUUUUAUCGCAAUUAUUUUAAGCUGAGGUUGCAAGGUGAGCUUUGGGGAUGGACGUGUUUUUAUGUUGGUGUGGCUGCUGUUGCUUUUGGGUCCGCAUACUACCAUCUCAAGCCAAAUGAUGCUCGUCUGGUGUGGGAUCGUCUGCCAAUGACUAUUGCAUUCACUUCAAUCAUGGCAAUCUUUAUCAUUGAAAGGAUUGAUGAGCGGAAAGGAACAAUAUCUGUUGUUCCUCUACUUUUGGCUGGUAUAAUAAGCAUAUUGUAUUGGAGGUUUUUUGAUGACCUCCGGCCAUAUGCUUUGGUACAGUUUCUUCCUUGUAUUGCAAUUCCUGUUAUGGCCAUCUUGUUGCCUCCAAUGUACACACACUCGACGUAUUGGCUCUGGGCUGCAGUAUUUUAUCUUUUAGCUAAAGUGGAAGAAGCUGCUGAUAAACCCAUCUAUAAUUGGACACAUCAUAUUGUCAGCGGGCACACACUCAAGCAUUUAUGUGCUGCCAUGGUUCCUGUCCUUUUGACACUCAUGCUUGCAAAGAGAACUAUCGAAACCGAGAGGCAAAGUUUGCUCCAAAUAUGGAAGGUUUCAUGGAAGACAAAGGUUAGGUCUAAUGGCUCCGAGGAAGAGACUGCCUCCUAUGCAGCUGUCUCAGUUGUAGAAUCAUAGUAGUAAUUCUUCUCUGUUUCCUGUCCCUUUUAACUGAAGGAAUUUGACUCAUGUAUACACACUCACAAAGGGAAUUAACAAAUUAUAGUGGCUAAAUUACUUAAAACAGUUAUUGCAAUACUGCUUCAGGGAUCAUAAGAAGUGGAUCACCUUGUAUAUAUUCAUAUAUCAAAUUGGGCAUUGUUAUUGAAACUCCUUGUUUUAAUGUAAAUGUAAUUGUUCAUAAAGGCUGAACAAGUUUUGUUGUUGUACUA